AUGAAGGAUGAGGCGGGCAGGCCGUUCAUUAUUGUCAGAGAGUACGUUGGACCUCUACAAGUUACUGCUGGUAUCGUCCAAGGCAAGAAGAAGAGGCAACAUGGCAACGAUGCCGUCAAGUCGCACAUCCUCGCCGCGAAGACGGUAGCAAACAUUGUCAAGACCUCUCUGGGCCCCCGCGGACUCGACAAGAUUUUGAUCUCGCCCGAUGGAGAUAUCACCGUGACCAACGACGGCGCCACCAUUCUCUCACAAAUGGAAAUCUCCAACCACGUCGCAAAACUGCUAGUCGAACUCUCCAAAUCACAAGACGACGAGAUCGGUGACGGAACAACUGGUGUCGUAGUUCUGGCGGGCGCACUUCUGGAGCAAGCGGCGGACCUGAUUGACAAGGGCAUCCACCCCAUCAGGAUUGCGGACGGAUACGACCAGGCUUGCGAAGUCGCUGUUGCGAGGCUAGACGAGAUCUCCGACGAGAUUCAGUUUUCCAAGGAGGACACCGAGCAGCUGUUCAAGGUCGCGAAGACGUCGCUGGGUAGCAAGAUCGUAUCCAAGGCACACGACCAGUUUGCCCAAAUCGCCGUCGACGCUGUACUUUCUGUUGCGGAUUUCGACCGCAAGGACGUCGACUUCGAACUCAUCAAGGUGGACGGCAAGGUCGGAGGUGCACUCGAGGACACACUGCUCGUGAAGGGUGUCAUAAUAGACAAGGACUUCUCGCAUCCCCAGAUGCCCUCGGAGGUCAAAGACGCCAAACUCGCCAUCCUCACAUGCGCAUUCGAGCCCCCGAAACCCAAGACCAAGCACAAGUUGGACAUCACCUCAGUGGAGGAGUUCAAAAAGCUGCAAAACUACGAGAGCAACAAGUUCACCGAGAUGAUUGAGCAAAUCAAGAACACUGGCGCAAAUGUGGUCAUCUGCCAGUGGGGCUUCGACGACGAGGCCAACCAUCUCCUCCUCACAAACAAGCUGCCGGCUGUACGAUGGGUCGGCGGCCCAGAAAUCGAGUUGAUCGCCAUUGCCACAAAUGGUCGUAUCGUGCCACGCUUCGAGGAUCUCAGCGCUGAGAAGCUUGGAAAGGCAGGCAUCGUCCGCGAGCUCACAUUCGGAACGACGAGGGACAAGAUGCUGGUCAUCGAGGAGUGCGCAAACACACGCGCCGUCACAGUCUUUGUACGCGGAAGCAACAAGAUGAUCAUCGAUGAAGCGAAGCGAUCAUUACACGACGCCCUCUGUGUUGUCCGAAAUCUGGUUCGCGACAGUCGCAUCGUCUACGGUGGCGGAGCCGCUGAGAUUGCAUGCUCGCUGGCAGUGGAAGACGCCGCUGUCAAGAGCCCCGGUCUAGAGCAGUAUGCGAUGCGCGCCUUCGCCGACGCGCUCGACGCCGUUCCCAUGGCGUUGGCCGAGAACUCCGGUCUUAGUCCUAUCGAGACUCUUGCCAACAUCAAGUCCCGACAAGCCAAGGAGAAGAACACAAGGUUAGGUGUUGACUGCAUGCAAACUGGCAGCAAUGGUAAGUGCACUAUCUCUUUUCUCCCCAAUCCUUCGUCCAAUUUUCCGCUCUUCGUGUUUCAUCCCAUACACUCGAUCCUCGGCUGCACUAUGGAUUUCCUCUUAUUCUCACCGCUAUUGUUUACCACUGUAACGCAACACGGCACACGCACGGAAACGCAUGGUAGCGCGGUCCCGUGGUGCGUUUACCCACCCGUGUCCAACGCCUCCACGGGACAUAGCGCGCUACCCCCACGCAACACCAACGCACCGCGAUAUCCAACGUUGCAACCACGAGCGGAAAUUGGUCGGAUCACAAGAGCAACAUUGCUUUGCUGUCACCCACAUCACCUGCGUCGCUUGACGCAUUCGUGGCUGAAACUACUCGGAUUCGUGCUAACGUGGCGCUAUUGCAGACAUGAAGGAGCACUUUGUUAUCGACCCCUUGAUCUCGAAGAGGCAACAGCUGUUACUUGCAACACAGUUGUGCAGAAUGGUACUCAAGGUAUGUAUCAUAUUUCCGUUUUGUAUUGUCGCUUGUCGUUUGUUACAACUGGUCCCCUUGCUGUCCCUUCCGUCUGUGUCACCCCCUUCCGCCUCCCAAUCCCUUGCUGUUCUGUUUUCUCGCUCCGCUUCCUCGCAAUCACGGGGAAGCGGGGAAGUGAUCCACGGGUCGCACACGCGCAAAUCUGCGUCGCAUGUUACACGCGGCAAGCACCCCUUUGCCUGUCGUGUUUGUGA